AAUCCAAAGAUAUCUUCAAAGUGUUGGCAUCGUCGCAUCGACCUCCUGAGCUUAUCAACGACCUUCCUCCACCAACCGAACAGCUCGUCCUCAAAAGUCAGGUCGGUUUUCGCUUCGUACGAUUUCGUGUAGCCGCCUAUAGCGGUCCUUUAUCUUUCGUCUCUGUCGAUUCGGACCUCUGGAGGUCUCCGGGGUUCGACGAAACGACCGACUACGCAAGCUGAAAACGUAACUUUCUAUUAUUUGUGUACUCGAUUUUUAUAAUGUUUGUUUUUUUUUUCAUGUUCUGAUGGGUUUGUUUGAUAGACAGGGACAUGGGUUUAUAUGGAAAUUUGAGCUGAAAUUUACUUCUUAGUAAAGUAGAAAAAUAGAUUGAAUUCCAAACGUUUUGCGAUUGGAAUUAAAUGACCUGAUUAUUCCUUUUACAGUAUAAUAAUCAUUAGCAUACCAAUAAUAUAAAUAAAGUAAGCAAAAAGGUAUGCUGCCACGAAAUAGUGGAUAUGGUUACUCUCGUAUGUUACCGCGAGUCUCAACUUUAUUCUAUACUCGGCUUUAAGCAAAAAACAGUAUUCCAGAAGUUGAUGAGCUGCACGAAGUUCAGGAACAGGAAUACGGAAUUUGUGAUGCGGAAAAUUAUGUAGAACUUUCCCUCAUGUAUCCACAUCCCAUAAGAAGAAUACAAUUAUCGAAAACUUACAGGCUUACAGCGAUGAUGUUCAUAGGGUAGUUAAAAAUAAAUAUAUUAAACAAAUGCUUUCAAAAUUUGGGAACACUCUUUUCCCAGGCAGUCAAGUAUAGGGGGCCAGAAUCACCAGAUAAUGACAUUUCAAAAGAAGUUCUAUGUAAAUGUACCAAGUAGACAACUGAAAGAUAGAAAUCACAUACAAAAGCCCAUGAUGGUUGCUGCAGACAUUAUGGAAAUAAAUGAGCCAAUUACGUACCGAGAAGCUAUGUCAAGUAAUAGAGCAAAUUACUGAAAAAUGGCUAUGGGAUGAGAAAUGAAGUCUAUGGAGAACUGUGUUUGGACUUUAGGAAAGCUACCCAAUAAUAAGAAGGCUAUACCAAAUAAAUGGAUGUACAAGUUUAAAUACAAUCCAGAUGGAUCUAUAGAUAAAUUCAAAGCCAGACUAGUCGCAAAAGGUUAUUCACAGAAGAAAUAUUGCCAGUGAAAAUUUAAGUCUAAGCCAGUUUGAUGUACCUAUGUGCAGGAUUUCUAUAUGGUGAGCUUGAAGACGAAGUAUACACAUAGGCGCCGAAACCAUGGAGGCAAUGGGGGCUUGAGCCCCAGUAGCGAGCCCCCAUAGUGAUUUUGGCAUUCUACGUAGUGGGUGUAUAUUUCACCACCUAAGAUUUAGCUAGCGGCUUCCACCAGAUCUAGAUGCAUGAAAACGACAUCGAAAAAACCGCAUGCAGCACAGAAAACGGGCAUUAUGAAUUCUUGCGCAUGCCCUUUGGUUUGAAGGACGCGCCGGUUACAUUCCAAAGAGUCCGUCAAAAAUGCAAUUGUUACUUUCCCUGAUGUCAGAAUCAUGACCAGACAUUUCAUACGCAGUCAGUGUGGCUUCAAGAAGUUUGGAAAAUCCAACUCACAAAGAGUUUGUUCAAGCCAAGCACCAGAAGUGAGAAGAGGUUACCUACAAGAUUUUAGUGAUGCUAAUCAUGGAGGGAAUAUAUAAACAGGACGUUCCACAACACUAUAUUAUUAAAAUUCAACAUAACUUUAUGGCCUGUGUCCUCUCUUCUGCGUGUCGAUAAAACUCGAAGGAACCGUUGGCAACGUUGCCGAGCGAAACUUUUUCAGCACGCAUAGUAGAUUAUGCUGUGUUAAUUGAGGCUGGGACGGACCAGUCCAUUCGGACGAGGGGAGGCAAGUCGUUGGUAAUCGAUUUCUUUUUUGACAUUGGCGUUGGCCUAGAGGAAAAUUUCAUUUUGCAUUGCAAGUACAAGAAAAGUCAUUGAAAAUAGUGGUUUUCCUCCAAUAAUUGACCACUAAUGUUCAACAUGCGUCUCAAAAUAGGCACGACAGGCAAUACAGAGUGGAGAUGUUGCCUGUGUCUCCACGUCAAAACCGCCACAAUAGCUUUUGGGGUAUGGCAUUUAUUGCUCCAUGUAUUGGCCCUUACCGUUUUGGCCCUGGUAAUGCGAAAUCACAGCUACUUCAACCAGAAACACGAAUUCGAAGAGAGCGACUUUUUGCCUACGCCCCUGAGCAAAGUUAAGGACGACGACAAUCCAUAUUAUUUGCCUACAACUCAAGAUGGAAGACCGAUUUUGCCUUCUGACGUUGAUAUGGGGGCAAUAAUGACAAUUUGCACUCUAUCUAUUACACUGUUGAUGGUUUAUGGAGCUUUGAAAGGCAAACCCAAGCAAAUUUUGCCGUUCUUCUUUUUGCAACUUUUCGAUUUUGCCAUUACAACCUUGACAGCCACAGGAUAUUUUUGCUAUUUACGCUCAGUGCAUCGCCUUGUAGCUGAACACUGGCACAACUUGCCUUUCCGUCAAGAAUUGCUGUCUUUGAGCCCUCAAAAUCUUUCACUUCUCGUGCUGGUAUCCUUUUUGGUAUCUAUGGUAUGGAAAGCUUAUUGGAUUGGCGUCGUUUGGCGUUGCUACAAAUAUCUGACCCUCAAACAACAAGCUACCCAUAAUACCAUUCAUUAUAUUUUGCCUAAUGAGGGAACAGACAGAAACGAGCCUGAUUAUGCUGCAAUGUUUAGGGAUAAUGAAGCUGCAUUGUUUGGACCAAUGAAACAAACUCCACCGCCUUCUUACCAGGAUGUUAUGGAUGAACAACCACCACCGUAUCCAGCCACCACAACCACCACAGUAGUCCAAGAAGUCCCAGUUCGUAGAUUCCUAUUCUCAUACGCCCCAGACAACGCUGAAGAACCUCAAACCGAAACCGUUGCCACUACUGAAGAAGCCGCGACUCCGAAUCCUGAAACUCCUGCUCCAGAAUCGCCUCAGGCUUCUUGCUCCAGAUCGACUCCGUAUUUGAAGAAAAAGGACCAAGAAUUGGUUGAAUUGAAAGUGGCUGACGAACCUGAAUAUGAUUAUGUUGAUGUUAUCACACAAGAACCGGAUCAGGUGUCGGUGAAAUCUGCUAAAGUAGAACAUGUUUAAUUUAUUAGAAGAUCUGGGGCUUAUUUUGAUUUGAUAUCUCUUUUAUUUUAGUUUAGGGUAGUCUUUUGUGUACAGGGUGUCCAAAAUGAUUGUCUUUUUUUUUUUUAAUUGCAAGACUGGUCCAUGUGUAGUUUUUUGUUUUUUUUGAGGGUGUAUUUAUAAAGGGAUAAUUGUUUUGCUCACCAGCUACACAGACUCACACACAAAUUUUGUCCUAUGAUUGAACGAAUCAAAAUUAUAAUGAAUGAUUAACUUGUGUAGUGUUUUAAAUGUGUAGUGUUUUAGGCCAUAAUUAUUAUAGUAAUAAUACAUUUAUCUGUUAUAAUAAUA